AACUUGGCAUUAUGUUUUCGAUUAUCCAGCUACAAAUCCAUUCCUUUUUUCUGCAUUGUUGUGUUUAUGUUAAAGCAAAUAAAGUGUAAGUUCGACAUUUCAUAUGGCUUUUUCGCCUAAUUGUUCAUAUUCUGUUAUGAAACACCAUGAGUUCGCAUUUCCGUAGUCCGGUAAUAUUACAUGUUACCUAUGCUAAAGCAUAAAAGUAACUCAGCCUACAACUGGACUAUAUAUAAUUUUUCAUUUUACACUACAUAAUUAUGGUUUAUUGUUGGGAGGAUUUUAUUUUCAGAUGGCUGACAGUGCAUUUGUUCUGUUCCCGUGUAAUCUCUGAAAUCAAGAUGUUUUGAUGGCAUGGCAAGAUAUGAAACUGUUGUAUUCGAACUUCUUUUUGGAUUAUUGUACGGCUUCAGCUUUAAACUUGACAUUUCACCUUGCAGAUACAGAGGAGAUUACAAACCCAGUUCUUUUUAUGAUUUCGGAAAGCUAAUGUUCACUGAAAAUUCGAGCAUAUAUUUUUCUAUGGGGAACAUUAUAUACAUGAACAGUCUGUGUGAGGCAAAACAAUCUUCUGAAAUUCUGGAAUGGAAAACUCCAUAUCCAACAUUCACAAUUACAUCAGCUUUCAAAAUUCCCUCGUUAUCACUUUCAUCGCAAACAUCAGAGAACUGCAUAAACAAUCAGACAGAUAUUUACUUUAUUUGUGGAAUUAAUCAAAUUCGACGAUAUAUUCCAUUACAAUCAAAUAUACUUUACUUUGAAGAAUUAGGUAUCAUAUGUAGUUUCUGGAGGCGGCAGAAGCUAAACAUAUGGAUUCUAUUGGAUUUUCUACCAUUCAAUAAACAGACUAUACAUCCUGGUUUAAUCGCUGCUUCGCAUUUAGCAUCAUUUACAAACUACUUGUAUUCAACAGAUGUUAAAACAGGUUAUAGUUUAAUCGUUGCAAACGCUCAACACCAAUCUGGAUCUCAGUUAAUUGGACCAAGAAUUUAUGGAUUUGGUCCUAAAUCUCAAUGUCAAACUGUUUUUGAUAUAAAAAAUGAAUACUUAAAUCAAUAUCAACAACAACAGCAACAACAACAAACAGACCAUCAGAAUUUGCCUAAACACACUAAACAAACAAGAAUUAAUGAAAGCGAUACUAUUACUGGUGGUUGGCGGUCAAAUUCAAAUUCAAAAUUAUGGUUCGGUGAAAAUGUUCAAUUUCUUUCAGUGAAUCAUAUUAACUCCAAGCAUUUCUAUGUAAUAUUCACUGAACAAGAUAUAAGUCCACCUUAUACUGCUUAUGAAGGCUCACUUUCUAAAUUAUCAAACACUAUUACACGAAUUGGUCGCGUUUGUCAACACGAUCAAGGUUUAAGCAUAUCAGCAUCUGUUCUUCCUAAUGCAGGUGGUGUGUUUACAACAUUUCGAAAAACUCGACUUGCUUGUCGUGCAUAUUCACCUUUGAAUAAUUAUAAAAAGUAUGAACAUCGGAAUGAAAACAGAAAGUAUGCUCAAGAUACUAAAGAUGAACAAUUUAAUGAAUAUGAAACUAUGGGUGACAAAAAUUAUUUGGAGUUCAAUCGAGCUAUUGCUGUUAGUGAAAUUGUACCGACAAUUAACCAUACAGAUCAUGUCUUUUAUGCUUUAAUGACUACAGUGGAUUCACUUUCACGUAUAUAUGCAUUGUGUGCAUUCAAUCUGAAUGCAGUUGAUCAAAGUUUAAAUAUUGAUCAUUUAAUACGACUGAAACAAUCAACUAAUACGCCUAGCGGUUUAUCACGUAUGGUAUGGAGAGAUGAAAAUGGCACAUAUUCAAAUAUGCUUACAUCAAAAUGGACAGUUGAUGUUGUACCACCAUCUAAAAUGACAGAUGAAAUAAUGAAAUCUUCUAAAAUAUGUCCAUCACAACCAUUAUCUGAUUACUAUUCUCAAUUUGCAACACUACAUCCAUUAGUUGGUACAACUGUUUGGGCUUUGAAUUCUAUAGACGUGUCAGAGAAUCAAACAGUUGAACAGCUUGAUCAUAGCUAUUUUAAACAAAAACCUGGACAAGCAUUGCAAAUUUUCACCCUUAGUAAUAUAGAUGAAAAUGUAUCUAAUGAAUCUCCAAUACAUUUUACAGUACAAUGGGAUAAAAACUUACAUAAAGACGACGAUAGUAGCGAUAUUAUUUAUGUAGCUACAAAUAAAAGAAAAAUCUUAACAAUAAAAACUGGUAUCAGUUUACAGAAACAAAUUGUACACAGUGAAAGUAUAACCUCUGAAACAAACAUGGAUAAAUUUGCCAUAAAGAAUUAUUUUAUCAGAAAGAGAACAAAUCAAAAAUUUCAAACUAUGGAUCAAUUUCAAAUUGUUGCUGACGGUGAUUAUUCAAUUAUAUCAAUACAUAAAUGUACUACAAGUGAUAGAUUAUCUGUGAACGUGCAACCAGUUGGUUAUACGAAAGCAUCACAACAGGCAAAUAGCCUUGAUUUUAACCAGAAGACAUUUUUACAAAGCAAAAAAAUUAUCAGUUUUCAUCCUAAAUCAGUCAUUUGUGAGGCUUACUAUUCAUGCAGAAAAUGUCAAGUAUUUAAUAAUCCUGUAUGCGAUUUCAACACAACAUCGCGUACAUGCCUGCUACAUAAUCCUUCAUACGCCUACAUGAAUAUGAUGAACUCUAGUCUACAAAAAUUUUGUAAAAAUGAAUUCUUCACUAGCCAGUCAAAACAAGAUUCAUUCCGUGAUGUAACAUAUGAAUCCCACCACAGUGGCGGAAAUAUUUCUUCAAAAAGACAAGUUAAAAAAUUCAAAUUCUACAAUAAUGAAUUAGGAUUAAUCCAAGUUGAUCAGUCGACCUUACCGAUGAUAAAUACAAAAGUGGCCAGUAAUCAAAGUAAUGACAGUGAAAAGGAUGACAACAUUAGUCACUUUGAUAAUAAUGUUAAUAACAACAAUAAUAAGCUAUUGCAUAAUUAUGUAUUCAUUAUUAUUCUUGUAUUAUCAGUUUUUAUAAUAUUCAUACCACUCAGCCUAAUAUGCGGUUAUUUAAUGGGUAAAAAAGACUAUUUGAAACAGUAUAAUUUGUAUAAUAAAGUUAAAGAUAUGCUUGAUUUACUGUACAGUCAUCCGCCGCUUCCUCCUCCUGGUCCUCCACACCACAACCAGCAUCAUCUCUAUCCUCCUUAUCCUAUAUAUUAUCACGAAGCAUCACAUUGCAGCUGUGAUGAACAUCAUCAGCAAAGUCACCAUUGUCACCAUCGUCAUUCAAAUAAUAGUAACAAUCAAGAAUGUUAUCAAAAUCAUGGAAGUUGUCUCACUACUUCCGAUGUAAAUAUGAUAUAUCUAUGUGAACAAAGUAGUACUAAUAUCAAAAAUGAAAAUGCUAAUGAUUCAGUGAAUGAUCAAGCGAGACAGAGUUAUGCAACAACACAACGCUAUUUUUAUGAUUAUCAUCCUAGUGAAAUGUUGAAUAAAACUGCAAUGUAUGACUAUGCACUAACAGAUGAUAGGCAACAGACAUCAUUAUCAUCAAUCAUCAGCAGCAGCAGCAGCAUUAAAAGCAGCCAAUUUGAAAAACAUACCAAUUAUUUUUGAUCCUAUUCGAAAUAUACAUGUUAUCAGUGACUGUAUACAUUCUAGAGUUGAUAUAAAUAAAGAAUAUGUACAAAGAAAUCAUACAUUUUCAACACUGCCGACAAAAAUCUCGUCAUCUGGAACAACAUCAUAUACAUUCUCUUCCUGUUAUACGAAUACCGCUACUUCAUCCUAUCACCAUAUUACACCAUUCGAUUAUUUCACAUCACCAUCAUCGACAACAACAACUUUACCUUCUACAUCUUUUAAACACAUUCAACCUUCUGUGAUACUGACAGAGACUAAUAAUAAUAAUAAUACACUUCUCAGUGAUAAUUGUCAUCAAAAUUGUUACAACACUAAUAAUGCGGCUAAGAGAACAGUGAUUACAAAACCGUUAAAAACAUCGAGGUUGUUUGGUCAUAGUAGUUUAAAGAAACCAAGAACUAGUCGUCAACAUCAGAGUGGAAUAUUAUAAAAUGUUAUCAUUAUUAUAAUUAUUAUUUUCCUUUUUUUGUUAUUUCUGUCUGCUUCUUCAGUAAUUUUUGCUUUAGUUCUGGUGGUAAUUACACAGAUGGCAGAUCAUUACAUCAGUCUUUAGUAAUUAAAGAAAAUAUUAUACGAUUGGUUAGCUGUUAGAAGUAAUGAAUACUACAAUAUGACAAUCCAAAUAAUACAGAAGACAUCACAACUUAUUUGUAUAUAUAUAUA